CAUGACAGGGCAGACGUCAAAUCUCUGAUUUUAUUUUAUUUAUGAUUGGAAUAUUUUAGAUGUGGACUAAUUUAUGUAUAUGUGAUUGUAAUUUUCAUCUUGUAUGACAUCAUUUUUGGAAAAGAGAACCAAUGUCUGUUAAUUAUUCUCAGCAACUCUCCCCAUAUCCUAACAAAGGGAAAUGUGGAGCUAGGGAGCUCUUUGAUAAACAAAAUGACCUUCUCACAAAGUCUAAUUUAUUAAGUGAAAUGUUGAAGAAUUCACCCUAUACAGUGUUUCUUACUGGAGCUGGAAUUAGUACUUCUUGUGGAAUACCUGAUUUUAGAGGACCUAAGGGUAUAUGGACACUCGAAAAUAAAGGGGAAAGCUGCAAAACGGAUAUUACCUUCGAUCAAGCUGAGCCUUCCUUAACCCACAAAGCUAUCACCAAAUUAGAUAAAUUAGGUAUGAUUGAAUAUUUGAUAAGCCAAAAUGUCGACGGCUUGCACGUCAAAUCUGGGUUUCCUUCCCACAAAUUAGCGGAAAUACACGGCAAUAUGUUUGCUAGGCAGUGCCACAUAUGUAGUAGGAAGUAUAUAUUACCUAACCCUUCACCCACCUUGGGCCUCAAAUUCACAGGCGAAAAAUGUGAUUCUAUGCGUCCAUUUAGACAAAAUGAGCAGCCAAAGUCACAAAACGAGAAUUUAAUAGUCUCAGACGAUUACAGAUCUUGCAGGGGAAAACUAAAAGAUACCAUCUUGGAUUGGGAGGAUCAACUACCAUUCGGGGAUCUCAAAAAUUCUGAAAAACAUUCCAAGAAAUCCAAAUUAUUUGUCUGUUUAGGAACGUCGUUGCAAAUUUUUCCAUGCGCUAAUUUUCCUAGGAUGGCUAAAAAGAAUGGAGCUAAAUUGGUCAUUAUUAACCUCCAAAAGACAAGACUCGAUAAAAUUAGCGAUUUAACUAUUCACUCCUAUGUAGACGAUGUGAUGGGCAUGGUAAUGAAAAAUUUGGAAGAUCUUGACCAUAAUACAGAUGCAAUAUAUUAAGACCGAAAAAAAAUGUUUUUUAUUUUUAUCCUCGAAAAUAUAUUGUUUGUAAUUGUAAUUAUUAAUGACUGUAAUAUUCUAGUUUAAAUCAUUUAAGAACUUUGGAAAUCUAUACACUAUAAUACAAGUAUUUUACUUUUAUAUGCAAAAAGGCUUUAAAAAUCUUAUAUAAUUUUUUUAGUGCUAGAAGGAGAUAUGAU